AUGGCAAAAGCACAAGCUCUGAGCGCUCACGUGCUUUCGAAGGGUUGGGCCUUCAAGCAGGCUGAUGAUACUGCUGAUGAUGCUUGGAUGUCGGUCAACAAGGUUCCGACAAAUGUACACCUGGACUUGAUGGACCACGGCAAAAUUCCGGAUCCUUUCCUGGGCUUCAAUGAGCUUGACGCAGAGUGGGUGGCAGACAAGGUUUGGACAUAUAAAGUCGAGCUGCCCAAGGUACAGGAAGCAAAAAAAGGUAUUACACACGUGCUUGCCUUCGACGGUCUGGACACAUUCGCCACAGUCAAGCUCAAUGGAGAGACUAUCCUCGAGAGCGACAACAUGUUCGUCCCGCAUCGCCUCGAUGUGACUAAAAAGCUCAAUCCAGAGAGCACGAACACUUUGGAGAUCGACUUUGCAUCUGCCCGUCUUGAGGCCAUCAAGAUCAAGGAAAAGUACCCAGACCACAGAUGGGUUGGAUUCAAUGGCGAUAUGGCAAGGCUUGCAGUAAGGAAAGCUCAGUACCAUUGGGGCUGGGAUUGGGGCCCAAUCCUGAACACGUGCGGUCCCUGGCGUGAAGUGCGAUUGGAAACCUACCAGGCAAGGGCCAAGGAUCUGAGAGUCGACUACAAACUCGAUGAUAGCCUAAAAUCAGUCCAGGGAACGAUUUCUGCUACUGUGGAAGGACCGUCCGCAGACAGCGUUAGCUUUGAUGUUUUCGAUGGAGAUCAACGAGUCUUUAGGGAGACUGCAAAGAUCAGCGAGGGUGUGGCCAAAGUGGAUUUCCAUGUCAGCAGCCCGAAGUUGUGGUACCCCCAUGGUUAUGGCGAGCAGCCUUUGUACACCGUUACUGCGACGGUUCUCACGAAUGGAGCAGAGACACAUCAAACGUCACGUCGAACAGGUUUUCGGAAAGGCGAACUCAUACAGGAGCCAGAUGCUAUUGGAAAAAGCUUCUACUUCCGGGUCAACGGCGUUGAUGUCUUUUGUGGUGGCUCGGACUGGAUUCCUGCCGACUCUUUUACUCCACGUGUGACCGAAGAAAAAUAUCGUAAAUGGCUCGAGAUGAUGGUUGAUGGCUAUCAGAUAAUGAUCAGAAUCUGGGGUGGCGGCAUCUGGGAAGAAGACAUCUUCUAUGACAUCUGCGAUGAACUCGGUGUCCUGGUGUGGCAAGAUUUCAUGUUUGGCUGCGGCAAUUAUCCCGCCUUUCCGGACAUCCUGCGAUCAAUCAAGGAAGAGUGCACCACAAACGUCACCAGACUGCGACAUCACCCUUCCAUCAUCAUCUAUGCCGGGAAUAAUGAGGACUACCAGGUGCAGGAGUCGUAUGGCUUGACAUACGAUUACGAGGACAAGAAUCCAGAGAACUGGCUCAAGACUGACUUCCCGGCUCGAUACAUAUACGAAAAGCUACUGCCUGACGUCGUUGCGGCGGAAAGUCCACAUGUUCCAUACCAUCCAGGAUCACCAUGGGGCGACGGCCUUAAGACGUCAAACCCCACAGUGGGUGACAUGCAUCAAUGGAACGUGUGGCAUGGCACACAGGAAAAAUACCAGAUUUUUGAUACGCUAGGCGGCCGCUUCAACAGCGAAUUCGGCAUGGAAGCAUUUCCACAUAUCGACACGAUCAGGUACUAUUGCACCGAUCCUUCUCAGUUGUAUCCACAAAGCCACAUGCUUGAUUUUCAUAAUAAAGCGGACGGACAUGAGCGAAGGAUAGCCACGUAUUUGGUGGAGAACUUUCGCACCAAGACUGAUCUAGAGUCGUUCAUCCACCUAACACAGCUAUCCCAAGCAGAAGCACUAAUGUUCGGCUACAGGGGCUGGAGACGACAGUGGGGUCAAAACAGGCAUUGUGGUGGUGCACUCGUCUGGCAGCUCAACGACUGCUGGCCAGUCACUUCGUGGUCUAUCGUCGAUUACUUCCAGCGCAAGAAACCGGCCUACUACGCUAUGCGCAGAGUCCUUGCCCCCAUCGCCGUUGCAGUCAAACGGGCGCACUUUGAUUGGAGCGUAGUACAUGCCAGAGUACCCAAGACUAGCGACUAUGAAGUCUGGGUCGCAAGUCAGAAACUGGAGGAAGUGACAGCAACCGUUGAAUUGCGAUAUAUUAGCGUUGAGAGCGGCAAGGAGAUUAAAACGAAGAUCGUCAAGAAGGAUGUCAGGCUCGUACCGAACGGAACGACCGACGUCCUCUCAGGUACCAUCGACAACCGGAACGAAGAGCCGCAUGUCCUAGCCGUCCGCAUAUGGGUCGAUGGCGAAAUUGUGUCUCGCGAUGUCGAUUGGCCCCAGCCACUCAAGUAUCUCGAGUUCAGGGACCGCGGCUUGGAAGUCAUACCGAAGGGCGAGACUAUUGUGGUCAAGGCCCAGAAACCGACUAAAGGCCUGGUCUUCGAGGAACGUUCAGGCGUCCUUGUACACGACAGUGCUAUAGAUGUGGUGCCUGGAGAUGAGCAGAUCAUCAAGUUAGAGGUAUGUUCAGCGCAUGCUGAUGCGCAAGUACAACAAGUCCUUGAUCAUCAAGAGCGUCGACUAGCUCAUCGGCUCGAGUUCCCGGUUCGCAGCGAGCACGCAGCAGCGUUCGGUGGGUUUUUGAGCUUCUCGGCCCACACUGGCUCGCGACCCGGACGCUGGUAUGGGCUUUUGACUGGUGAUAUGUCGGCAGAAGGCGGCGGUAGCGAACUAGUCGACAAGCUUUCCAACAAUAUUGAACAGUACAAGACCAUCCUCACAAAGUUGUAUGGAGUAAAGAACCUGGAGUCGCUGGCUAGUCUCCCACGCGAGGAACUGUUAGAAUUAGCUCUCUCCUCCAGUGCAAUUCACUCAACGACAUCGCCAUCGGCAGCCGACUCGCAAACGCUAUCGGACGUGCAGGUUGGAUCUGAUGGAGCCGAAAGCUUGGAAGCGCUCGAGCAGGCUCCACCUGAAGAUCCUUACUGGGACGAGGCACGGAAGCACCAGCUCCGUGUCCAAGGCAUCUCCGACGAUGUAAAUGGACUAUCAAUGUCCGUCGACCGCCUAUCCUCUUACGUUGGCAUUUCUUCUAUUACAGCGGCACUAAAGGUUAUUGUACGAUGUGCACCUCAGACACGUUCGCUCAUCGCACACAACAGCCAGGAGACUGCGCUACCAAGCCGCGCAGGCUCUCCGCCACCGGAGUUAGCAGACAGCAGGCCAGAUGCCUUACCGACUGCCGAGCAUGGUCAAGAGCUGAUUGAAAGCUAUUUUGACCGCGUGCAUCCUUUCUGUCCUAUGAUCGAUGAGCGAAAGUUUUGGUCCACGUUCUUGUACGGCAACCGCAAGGACUCAGCAUGGCUGGCGCUACUGAACAUGGUCUUCGCAUUGGGGUCGCUUGCCUCUUUAGCUGCAGACAACGAAGCACACUAUGUCUACUUCAAUCGAUCUCGGCAGCACCUGUCUCUGGAGUCGUUCGGAAGCGGCAACUUAGAAGUACUCCAGGCUCUAGCCAUUAUGAGCGGAUACUAUAUGCACUAUCUCAACCGCCCGAAUGAAGCGCAUUCCCUGAUGGGCGGUACGCUUCGUAUGGCUACCGCGCUAGGUUUACAUCGUGAGUACUCUGAACGCAGUGACGCAAGCAGGCAGUUCAUGGCACCGGGUGAAGAGGAUUCUAUUUCCCCGGAGAUGAGACGACGCAUCUGGUGGAGUUUGUUUUGUCUGGAUUCUUGGGCUUCCACUACGACGGGUCGACCUUCGUUGGGCAGAAUGGGGCCUUCCAUCACUGUCUUGAGGCCUGGAACGGCCGCAAACACUUCCCAGGCAAUACCACCACCCAACAGCCCUCAGUACAUCGAGCAACUCAAGAUCCUGCCUCUAGUGCACGCUUCGGCAUUUUGUCAGAUCGCUACUAGGAUACAGGAUCGGCUCGUCGAGUCUCCUCUGCUUUCCUCCACAGAAACCGCUAGCUACGACGCACAGAUUGUGAAGUGGCAUGAGGAAUUGCCGUCGAUUCUCUCCAACCCUGACGAGCCGUGUCCAGAAUUUCUUCGGCGAACCAGACUGGUUAUGAAGUGGCGCUUCCAGAACAUUCGUAUCAUCCUCCAUCGUCCAAUCCUGCUUACUGCAGCACUACGGCGCUCUCCUUGGGUCGCCCUCAGCGCGGACGAAAAGCUCGCAGUGGGCAAAUGUCGACUUAUCGCAUCCAAGACAAUCGAAGAAAUCAGCCAUGAAUGCAUGCCCGAUCUCAUCUCAAGUUGGAACGCAGUGUGGUUUUGCUUCCAAGCCUGUAUGGUACCUCUGGUUUCAUUGUUCAGCGAUACCAGCAUACCGGAAGAGGUUGAGAAAUGGAAAGCCAGUAUCGAAACAGCACUCACAUUUUUUGAGACAGUCAAGGACUGGAGUAUCGCAGCUAAACGAAGCGGCGAUGCAGUCACCCGCCUCUACGCCGCGUACAAGACGAAUGUAUCGACACUAUCCCAUCAGGGUCAGCCUGCUAUGCCACACAUUCCCCAGCCCCAGCAAUAUCGACAACAGCAACCUCACCCGCAUGCCCACACUCACUUCCCCGUCCCCGGCACGUCGGCCGCGCCGACGAUGCUCAACACCCACCCAGUCGCCUACGGACAACAUCAUCCCUCCGCGUUCGGACACUACAACCCUGCAACACCUACCUGGGCCAACGCCGGGAACGAUCCGACGAUCUUGAACAACUUUUGGGAUGAUAUGAUGUGGGAUACCAAUUUACCGGAUAUGUUAGAGACGCCGUUUGGGUUUGGUGGGGACUAUGAGUUUGCAAGUGCGGCACAGGACUCUGGGGCGCAGGGGGCCUGUUGGAUGCAUGGAAAUUAA